AUGGAAGAUGCCGGAAGUAAAAUCUCAGCUAAGGAUGCUAAACGAAAUAAAUCAAGUAACCAAAACAUUGUUGUUGACGCUGGCCAAUCAACCAGUGAUGAGUUCGAAAAUAUUGAUAAGCUUACUGAGAAUAUUGUAAAUAUUGAGAAAAAAUUACCUUAUGUCGAGCUUCUAGACGAUAAGCAUUUGUUAAUUAACAAAUGGCACCAAAACUGGGCGAAAUGGGAUCCUACAAUGACAGAUGAAGAGAAAAAAAUAUUGACUGCAUACAACUUUUUCUUGACCUUAACAUCAAAUGAUAUUGAUCAUAAAAUGGAUGAAGAUACUUUCGCUCAUAGGUAUCUCCAUUUGUUGUUGGAGGAAGUUUUUAACAUAGAUGAUUAUAAAUUCGUUUGGCACAAACUAGGAUUUGAAACAUUUGGCAUACUCAUUGAUGGCUCUAAUAUUAAAUUAUUUAGCAUGGAUCUCAAUUUUAAUGGUGUAUACCGUCUUAACCAAAUCAGAAAAAUGACCUUGCCAACUGAACAUGCCAAUAUUUUAACUAUUAUCCCAGUUAUUUCGAAUUUUUAUAGCUUAUUGAAAAGAGUUAACCAUGCUAUUGAGAAGUUAAAUGCUCCAUCUACACCAAUGGAUUGA